GAUCCAGCGCAUCAGUUCACAAAUCAAACGCGCACCGUAGAUUGCGCACGUCGCAAAAUUAGUGCAAUUAAUUAUUACUGGAGCAUUUGCGGCGCGUUUGUGGUGUUCAUUGAAGAGGGAUUUUGCGCUAAAUAUUAUAUUUGGCUUUAUUGUAAUACAAUUUGUGUUUAAUGGAUGAACGCUAAAUACAUGCUGUGAGGUUUAUGUUUGGUGAAAUUGAAUAAAGAACUUAAAUAUACCCAGGACAACACAAAAUGAAUUCCUCACAAUUUUUAACGGUUGCCAACAAGUUUAUAACAGCGCCAUCUGUGGGAGAACAUCGAAAUGUUAGAGGCUAAGUUCUAACUAACUUUAGCUAUACGACAUAAGAUGGCGUUAGUGUUCUUGUUGCUGAUCGUGAUAGGUACAACUAGAAGUGCAAGUACUCACGGAGAGAUGGCGCUAGCUAACGUUACUAGGUUUGCCAAUGGAGACUAUUUCACUUUAGUCGGCACAGACUGCGGCCUAACCCGUUGCAUGGAGGUAUCUCACGGUACAGCUCUAGCGGCUAUGGGCGGUAGCAAUGGUUGCAUGUGUCAGUGCCGCAAAGACACGCCCGCGUUCAGAGAGGACCGGCGUAGCUGCGUCAAUCAUAUUGACGAAUGUGCGAUGGCAAGCUUCGGCCGCGGUUCAAAGAAGCCACAGAUACCAUUCGUCUUUUUACCAUUAAAGGGACAGAUUAUCUACCCUUCAAAAGAAAUUGUGUUUACAGAUGUUGAAGACGCCGCAUGCGCAGUGACAAGCGCACAAUACCUUUCUUCAUCAGGGUGGGUCACGCUACGAGACUUGGUGGACAAUGAUGUACCGUUCGGUCUCUAUCGAGAUGAAGGCAGCACUUAUUUACAGUGGAAAGGUUCAACAAGCCUCCACGCAAGACUGGAAGGCAGACUCGUGGCAGCUCACGUGUUAUGUUCAGCGCCGCCUCCAGCAAGGCUUGCGACUUCUUGCGCGGCGUUUCGGGUUGCUGGGGCCACUCAUAAUGCUCUUCUGGAUGUAAGAUCAAUACCAUUCCACGCUGGGGAAACAGUCACAACCGAGUCUACAACACAAAGCCACGGUUUAAGUGUCCUAGAAUCUCUAGCUAUUGGAGUGUGUGUACUAAUGUUAGUCUUUAUAUAUGCUGCUGGUAUUAUAUUCUACAUACAUUACAAGCAGAAACAAAAGAAAAAGCCUAACGAUCCAGAAAUGAACCUUUCCAAUUCAAGUGAAAAUGAAUCCACGUUGGACUCAAGAAUUAAUAUGGAUAGUAUGAGACUGAAAACAAACCCACUAAUGAAAUUGGAUAACAAUAUGAGAAAUGAUUUCAUGAAUGACGCAGGGUUAUCCGACGUUAGUGAGCAGACUGAAGAUACCCUUGAGUCAUCUCCAUCACAGUAUAAUAAUGAAAGAAACUCUAGCAUUGUGUCUGCAGUUGUUCAUACAAAGAGAAAGAAACCAGUUAGACCGGUAACAAGAGCCACUUCAACACCUGAAAGAUUAAACGAACGGUUACAAAGGCGGUCUGCUUCUCCUGAAAUGGAAAAAGCACCACAUUCAGAUCUAUCAAUAUUGCACUGUAGUAUAGAUAAUAAUGUAGUUGAAAAUAUUCCUAACACACCUGACCAAGAGCCGGUUGUAAGAAGAAAACUUUAUUUUAAUCCAGUAUUUUUUGAGACUGAACAUCUUAAGAAUCCUCCACCAGCGGCCAUUGACUUUCUAAAUAAGCUUCGCGAAGUAAUGAUAAUUGCCAAAGAAAAGAUGACAUCUAAAAGAUUCAUACCAAACCUUUCGGAUAUACCAGAAGAAGAAUCAUAUCACACGAUCGACUUAGGAUGGGACAUACCUUGUGCAAGACGUGGCCGUAGGUUCAGUGCUAUCAGUCUUAAACGAGAAAAUAGUAGAAGGGCUAUUCACUGUGGAGGAUGCCCUGGGUGUGACAGUAGUGUACAAAAGUCUGCGGGUUUAAAUCGAUCAAAUUCAUGCAAAACUUGUGUUAGUGAGGAUUACAAACAAAAAAUUGUUCAAAAAUGGUUAGAAGAUGUUCCAACUCCACCUGUAACAGGUAUCAGACCAGCAAAAAUUGCUAAAGUCAGUGGAACUCCCAGAAUAACUGAACCAAAAGAAAAAGAGGAAAUGAGAAUUAAUCCAGCGGAACCAUUACGUGACGAAGAUCCUGAGACUUUAAUUAUCACUGAGUCAAUUUUAAAAGAAAUAUUAUAUGAUAGCGUUGGCAACACUGUCAAUAACAAUGAAUCUAGACAGAAAUUAGAACGAGAAAUAAAUAAUAAUUGUAAUGUUGAUCAUAGUGAAAUUACAAAUGAAAGUAUAGAGAAGAGAAUAUCUCUAAAUCAUGCGACCAGACGUGUUCGAAAGAAAUUGCCGCCACCACCUCCACCACCAGAUACGCAAGUAAUUGAUAAGCAUGAUGAGCCUGAACCAGUAUUACCAGAGGUCAAAAAGAACAUGGAAGCUGUAAUACGGGAGUUAAAUAAAUGCCAACGACCCGAAUCAGAAAACUUUAAUAUUAUUGGAACAGAAAGUUCACCUAAAAUUGUCAUACCUGUGGUUGCAGCAGAUUCUGAAUUCUAUAAUGUUAAUACCAAGUUUUCAAAACCGCACAAAAAGGAGUUUUAUUUACAAAGAGAUAUUGAUAUUGACUAUGAUAGUUUAGAGAGAACGGUUAAUAAACAAAGAAGAUUGUCUUUAGACUUUACUUCAGAUUUUCCAGAUAACGAAGAGAUUCCAUAUCAACAGAACUUAAAAACAUGUCGUGAAAGAUUAUCUCGUAGUUGGCGAGAUUUAAAAAAUGCAAUAGACACCAAUUUUUCUUCCUUACAGCAUAUGUCCGUUGAAUCCCCGGAAGCCAAGAACAGUCUUUAUACUAAAGACAUAUUUGUCCACAGUGACGAUACAAUUUAUAGUGAUAGACCAGGUCCCCUCACUAUUGAAGUUCGAGGAUCUCCAAUAGAAGAAAGAAAACCGGAGGUAGAAGAUUUUGACCCUGACACUCUUGAUCGAAAACCAAAGAAAUCUGUGGAGACUAGUGAAAGUAAAAAGUGUGUUGAAAAAAUUUUACUAAAGUCUGGAGGAAGUUUUAAAAACAAGGUUAAUGUACCAGAAAAACCCAAAGAAAAGACACCACCUGAAGCAGCAUUCACCCGAAAAAUAGGUAGCCUAAGACAAAUUUACGAGGCUAAAACAAGGGCCCAAGAGAACAAAAUAGGAUCUUUUUAUGAACGACGAGGUAGUGUUCCAUAUGGUACUGAGGAACUAGCAACUUAUGCAAAAAAUAUUGGUCAAUCGCAAACAAAAGAAAGCAAUGAUCCUAUGUCUCCACGAAACUCAAGGUUGCAUAGUGUAGAAAAUAAAACUAAAACAAAUUCCACCCGAAACAGCCCACAAAGUGACCUGCAAAGAUCAUCUGAAGAAAAGGAUCGAUUUUCAUCUCAGUCUAAAUCAGAAAAUCUUAACCCUCGCAAAUCCGUUAGACGUUCAGAUCGGCCUCGAAUACGCAAAGACUUAAAGAAAAUGAGCAAGACAGAAGAUUCAGGAUAUCUGAGCACAGAUUCAAAUGAAUCGAAACGUCGAGCAAGAUAUCUCUUGCAAAUUAAACCUAAACUGAUCACCUCAGAUGUUAUUGCUAAGCCAGUACCUGCUUUAAGUAAAGGUCUUCAAAUAGAGUCUGAUACAGAUGAAUUAGAGUCCCUGUGUGAUGGUCGAAGUGAAUCGGGAGGAGAAAGCGUAGAAACAGAUUCAGUUUUCUUUGGAAAUUAUAAUGAUUCUAAGAGAAUGUAUGAAGAACUUGCAAUGGAGGAUGCAAAACGAGACAAAUUGACGAGAAGUCAAGAACAAAUAGAUUCUGGAUUUGUCGGUGAAACGAAUUUAAUUUUAAGUGGUGAUAGUGAUUCAGAACACAAAAGUGUUAUAUCAAUAGUGACAGGAAGAGACGGUCGGGCGUCUGCCUCAUCAUCAGUUUCUAAAUUAGAAGAUACGCCAUAUCGAAAAUCUGUAGAAUGUUAGUAGUUAGUAGUUGUAAAUAAAAUGUUUUGAUAAAGACUUUAUUAAUAUUAUGAGGUGAAGACUGUAAAUAUUGUGGUAAGAAAUGUAUGGAAUUAUAAGUUAGUUUAGCCACCGAUAUUUACCUCAAUAAGGAAUAAGUGUUUGUACAGAGUUUUUAUUCUUUUGUGAGUUUAUUUAAACGAAAGUUUGUAAAUAUUGUAUUUAAUAUUAUUUUAUAGGACAUAAUUUAAGUAGCCAAAUAUGAAGUGCUUAACAGCUAAAUGUGAGAAUGGAUUCAUAUAUAUGGUACUAGUAUUAUCUUUUAUUUUAUUUUAUUUUAUGUAUGCUCAUGGCCGAAUGACACGAUUUUAGAAGCUUAGAAAAUGAAAGUUAAAGAUUUAUCUUGGGAAGAAAUGUAUGAAAUACUAGUGUAUUUACUACUAUAUAUACAUUA